CAGACGACUCUCGUUCAUUACAUAUUACGUUAAAUUAAAGUACAUCAAAAAUAAUUCAAAUUUUGACACAACGUCGUCCCAAACCACAUCAAGUGGAACAAGUCGAGUAAUUAGGCAACAAAUACUUCUUAACCGAGAGCGAACAGCGUGAGCGGAAUAUAGUGACAUUGUAUCUAGCUAACUUACAUCGGUUUACAAAGUGUGGAUUACAUGUGAACAAAGUAGCAUGACGUGUGUGUAGAAUAUAGAGGCGUACAAACAAGUCUUUCAACUAAGAUGGCGGACAAGCUCUCUGACAGUAAAGUCAAAGAGUACAAGCGCGUGUUUGACGUGCACAAGAGCGAGGUAGGCAAUGUCGAGUACCGCUAUCUGGAGAAGAUGCUCAACGAACUACAUCUGCAUGCGGACGAGGAGGAAAUGGAAUCCAUCUAUGAGCACCUAGACAUAUACUGUAACGGAUCUGUCAGUUUCCCACACUUUCUGUCGCUCAUGGCAAAUAAGUUCGAUCAACCUGCGCUAGACAAUAGAGCCCGCAAAAAGCAAGAAAUAGCAGACGACUUGCUGGAAGAGAUGAAAGAAGCGUUCAAAGUGUUCGAUAGUGAUGGCAAUGGUUUUAUAAGCCAAGCUGAACUGAAGCACACGUUGAUAAACAUGGGGGAGGUGAUCACGGACGACGAGAUAGAGGAAAUGAUGAUGGAGGCCGACACCGACGGCGACGGCCAAGUCAGUUUCUCAGAGUUUUGUCGUCUGAUGCAAAUACAGGAAUUGGAGGACAACCCCAACACAAAAUCACGUCUUACGAACAUAACCGAGAUUUGAAAAGGUGUAAGGAAUUCUAAAUCCGCAAAUGAUACCGGUUACACUUCGAAUCUUAACGUGAUGUAUUGAAUUGAAACCACAAAUUCAUAGCGCAUUUUUGUUUUCUGUUCUAAGCAGUGUGUAUUAAAUUGUCUGGUUCAGAUAUAAUCAUGACAAUCGUUGAAGUUCGACGGUCUCUUAGUCACUAAAUUUUGCUGGUUGUUGCAUUGUUGAACAUAUUAAAAUGUUGAAUACAAGUGUAUGGAUGUGGGUCUAAGUGUUCUGAAGCACGUAUAGAAUUUACUGGUUCAUGUAUUUUAGAAUUUUUGCUGCAGUAAUCGUACUGUUUAGUCUAACCACGUGAUGGAGGGUGCUGAAAUCGCAAAACACAGCCUUCCUUCAAGGUCACUUGUGCAGGUCAGCCAAUAGAUGCAUUUGCGAAGACGUAGCGGAUCUUAUGAAUGAACUCUGAAAGUCAUGAAUACCCACAUGAACGCGUGCACCACUGCAGCUGAGGCUAUUAAUCACCAACCUUAAUAAGAGUCGAUUCCUUAUCAGAUCAACGGGAGAAAAACGGGAAAAAAUAUACCAUUUUAAGUGAUCAACAUAACCAUUAUUUC